AUGUCCUCUGCACCAAAAGGGAAAGCAUGGGCCUCCGACGAGGAUUGGCAGAAGCAUCGAGACAUCAUCACAAAUCUCUGGUGGGUCGAGGAUAAGCCUUUGAAGGAUGUCCAGACUAUUAUGGCUGAUGAAUAUGAUUUUCAUGCCUCUGACAAGAUGUACAAAGGCCGCUUGAAGGGAUGGGGUCUUUUGAAAAACCUGAAGUCCAAGGAUGCCAAUCAGAUCAUGGGCCUUGCCAAGUCUGGGGUAGCCACUGGCCCGCUGGUAAUACGAGGCCGGCCCAUGGGAUCCAAGAAAUGGCAGAAGCGCCUUAACAGGGUGGUGACUCCUGGCGAAAGCGCGAGCAGCCCUGUGCUGGUCAGGAAGAACAGCGCCGUAUAUCACCUGCCUCUACCGGAGCACUUGGCCGCGCCGGAUACGUUGAGGCUGACAGAAACUGGGCUGCAAGCCAUUCGCGACUUCACAGCUCUGAAAUUCACGACGCAGGCGUGGGAUCUCUCCGGUCUACCGUAUGACUUUGACAACGACAAAACCGACGGUUGGUCAAACGGAACGGUGCUCGCAACGCAGAACCUAAUCAAGGACCGCAACUCUGCAACCAACUUUUCCAUUCUCAACAAGUGCUUUGAAGAGUAUGCAGCGGUCGUGGACCAAGCAACGCCAGCACUGAUACCUUGCACUCUGAACAACGUUAUAAGGCUAAUUCCGGUAGGCCCUGCCGUCGCCGACGAGCUUCUGGGCUAUGCAGCACGCCUGAUAACCAUCAAGUAUGGCGGAGAUCAUCCCCUGAGUCGUUUCAUGGCGCAGAUGCACAUACUCGGCGCAGUUCAGGUACCCCUUGUGGCUCGCGCCAUCUUGGGUGCUUACUUUGACAUCAUCGUUGAAAACAGUCACCCAGCGAAUCGAUGGCGAACUGCGAUGUAUCCCACGUAUGCAAGAAUCAUGCAGCAAUUCUGGGGUGCUCUUCCGGCGGACGCCGUAGCAAAGAUCUACGAUGAUACUAUUCGUAAGAUUGAGGCGUCUCUGGCGCUGUUAGACAUGGAGUCUGCGGAUUCUUUGCUAUACGAUCAAACAAAUAGGCACUUGUAUGAAGUCAAAGGGUACUACGUCGUGUGGCUUGUGGAUCAGAAGAGGUUUCCCGAGGCGGACCAAGUUGCUGAAGAGAUGGGGACAUGGCUCCGUGCAGGUGCGGCGAUGGAAUAUAAAGAACAAUGGGAGCAAUACCUAAGAAUUAAAGCCCUGAUUCUCGUUGGGCUUGAGAGACCCGAAGAAGCAACACCAUUUUUCGUCCAAGUAUACGAAUCCCGGCGCGAUCGGCUAGGGCUUAAGAAUCACCGGACUACCCGUUCGAUCAGUGAUCUUGAGGAACACUACAGGUCGCUGAACAACGUCGAAGCAGCCGAGAAGCUCCACACAGAAUUUGAGGCAUCGUACGAGGAUGAAGCAUGA